CUAUUUUUUCCACUUCUUUUCAUUCACACGAGCCCACCAACCAAGUGGGACAAUGAAGAGCCCUUUGCUUGUGAACAUAUUUCAGCACACUCUUAUUUCACCCCCUCUUUUUCCAUCAAACUUUAGAAUUUCGCAACAAAAGGAAUUUGAAUUAAACUUCCAUCUGCAGUUUUCUUCUUUAGCCAAGUAUCUAAAAUAAGGUAAAAUUUCAAUCCUUAACCAUGGAGGAUCCUUAUAAACGAAUCUUGCCCGCAACUACUUUCUUUAAAUUGAGGCGAAGCAAAUUCCCUUCUUUUGUUUUACUUUCUUGAGUACAAUUAACUCAUGUUCUCGUUAAAUUGGUGGGUACACCUCUCCAUUUUUUCCACAUGCACGAGAAUUAUGAAUGUCUGCCCCCGCAAUGUGUUUGUGAAUUUGUUGCUGAGAAGAGUUAUUUAUUUUCUUGUCAAGAUUGCAUGCACAUGCACAAGUUCACGAAGGACAACGGGAACUAGAGUGGCCCAAUGGCAGAAUUGGUGGCGGAGAUCUUCCUAAAAAUGUUGGAGGAGCAACUGGUUCAGGCAAUAGUCGAUGGGCAAGAUCCUCUGGCUUCUAAAGCCUCAGUGGGCAUAUUACCGAGCAAUAGUUGUGGAUGUCGGACUGGGUUCAGAGGCCCACAACUUGAUUAUUGGACCAUCAAUGCCCAACCGGAUGCAUACACCACUACCGCUACCGCCAAUGGCCAAGCCCAAAUCUCAAUGAACAGGUUACAAAGCUCGAGGAGAUGUUCAUACCCAUCCUUUCGUUAUCCGGCCAAUCCUAGCCUCUAGCUGAUCCCUAUGUCCCCGACCAAGAUGUAUAGAAGAUGCGGACACUGCUGACAAAGGAGGACGAUUUAGGUUUGGA